UAUAAUUAUAAUUGAAUGUGCGUUGAGUACAGUGACUUCGACCACCAUGAAAGUUUUGGCUUCAUUAAUACUUGUGUUUUUGCUUGACUUCUCGCCGUCAUAUGGGGAAACAAAGGUGCGUUUGGCGGGAGGAAAAAGUUUCUCCGAGGGCACACUGCAGGUCGAUAUCAGAGGGGAAUGGUUGACAGUUUGCUCUGGGGCAUACUACAGCCAACAACCAACUGCCCAGGUUGUGUGCGGGAUGCUCAAUGCUUCUGCAACCGCUUUCAACGGCUCAGCAAGGUCGGAAACCUUAAAUGCUCCAAAUGAGGGGGUCUGGAUAAAUAACCUUCACUGUGACGGCUCGGAGGAAGACCUCUUGUUCUGCAAGUCUAACCGUUGGCUAGGACAUGAAUGCUAUGGAUACACUUUUCGUAUUGAAUGCAACACUCCUGUUGACUUUUACAACACAAGGAUAGGAAAUUACGCUGUCGGAGGUACUGGGACCUACGAGUACAUGUGUGACCAAGGGUUUGGUCCUGAGGAGGCUAAAGUAUAUUGCAGAACAGCAUAUCGUCCAACAUGGAAUGCAUUAAUACUGCAUGGCCACUACACCGGAUACUCUCAACAGAUUCACGCGAACUGCAAUGGAUAUGAAACUGACAUAUCAGAGUGUAAUCUCUACAAGUCAUACUGUAGUCAAUACAGAAGUGCCAGAGUGGAAUGUUUAGAAACAGACAUUGAGCUGAUGGGAGGCCAUAACAAUCUGACCGGAACUGUCUUUGUGAAUGUGACUGAUACAUGGCGAUACAUCUGCGCUGAUGACUUUGGGCCCAAUGAGGCUAGGGUCGUGUGCAAAACUCUUAAUGGAACUGACGUCCCUGGCCAGAUAUCCCGCGAAUAUGUUGGCCAUUACGGACUGGUGUCUGACUUACAAUGUACGGGCAGCGAGGAUGACGUGUCUUUGUGUACCUCAAACAUUGGAGAAUACUGUAGUAGUGGAUACGCUGCCGCUGUGGACUGUAACACGGUUCGUCUUGUUGGUGGAUCUCAUUAUGAUAACGGUCGUGUAGAAGUAUAUGACAGUUUCAACAAGACUUGGGAGAACGUAUGUUACGAUUAUUUCAGCUACAACGACGCACAAGUUAUUUGCAGACAACUGGAAUUAUAUAAUGGAACACUUUGGUACUCAUCGUUUGGGUACAAUUUAAGACCAUCAAUAUACAGUUUGAAUUGUCAUGGCUAUGAGGAUGACAUAUCACAGUGUGCAAUCGACAGAGAAAACGGUCACUGUAGUGUUCAUGCUGAAGUGGAUUGCAACGGUCAAGAUGGUCUAACACCUCCUCCAACCGCGUCGUAUUUUGUGCAAGCGCGCCUGGUUGACGGUGACCACUACCAUUCUGGGCGGGUGGAAGUUUAUUACGAGAACCAGUGGGGGACUGUAUGUCGACAAAACUUCGACCAUAUAGAUCUGAUAGUUUUAUGCAGGACAUUGGGCUACUAUCGUGGCUCAGGAUAUGGAAAGAUAUACGAAGGGGUAUCAGCUUCCGGAGGAAACGUGGUUAUUGAAGACUUACAAUGUUACGGAGGUGAAUCGAACGUCAAACAGUGUGCAUCCAAGGUCUGGCUGUCAAAUACUUGUGACCACUCUCAGGAUGUCAGUAUUGACUGUUAUUCCUAUGGAGAAACAUCAACAUCAAUGCCAUAUGGAUCGGUUCAUAAUUACACUGGCAGGCCUGAAGAUGGAGACAUUCGACUUGUUGGUGGUGGUGGCUAUGGCAGUGCUAGUGGGCGACUCGAGGUCUUUUACAGCGGACAGUGGGGAACUGUUUGUAGUAGAAGUUUUGACAUCCGGGAUGCACAGACAGUGUGUUAUAUCCUCGGUUACUAUGGGUCACCGACCUAUUACCGCUCGUAUUAUAUUGAGGGACAAGGCUAUGGGGCAAUCAUGAUAGAGGACCUCCAGUGUCGAGGUGGAGAGUGGAGUCUAGCUCAGUGUGAUUCCGGGCCUUGGUUGUCGAAUAAUUACUGUAGUCAUUACGAUGAUGUUGGCGUGGAUUGUUCAGGGCAAAUAUCGGCAAUGACAACAGAAGCUCCUUCGACUUGGUCUCCAGAUACUUCUUCAAAUUCACCCAAUUGUGGAGGGUAUUUCAACGGUUGGUCGGGCUAUAUAGCCUCACCAAACUAUCCUUACCAAUACGACAACAACUUACGGUGUACGUACCACAUAAGCGUUCCAAGCGGUCACGUGGUGUGUCUCUAUAUUAAGGACAUGUUCAUUGAGAGCUGCUGUGACCAUCUUCUGCUUUAUGAUGGCCCUUAUUCGUCGUAUCAAUUAAUAAGCAGCGUAACUUCAACAGCUGCUCCUGGAAUAAGCUGGAACGAUACGGAGAUUUGCUCUACCGGGCCCACAAUGACUGCAGUGUUAACCACGGACGGGUCUGUCGCAUCGGCAGGGUUUAACGCUACUUAUUCUGCCUUUCCUCCAAAUUUAAAAGGUAUCCGCCUUGUCAACGGUCCCAACUAUUACUCCGGUCGGGUGGAGAUCUACCACAACGGGCGGUGGGGCACGGUAUGUGACGACAGCUUUGAUCAUAGAGACGUCAUGGUCAUCUGUAGGAUGCUUGGAUAUUACCAGGGGGAACAAUACGGUCGCCCAUACGGAAGUGCCCACUUUGGAAGUGGAUCGGGAACUAUUUGGCUUGACAAUCUCGGUUGCAACGGGUACGAGUCCGAUGUCCGGGACUGUUAUCAUCCGGGUUGGGGCCGCCAUGACUGUAGUAGGAGCGAGGAUGCCGGUGUCGACUGUUAUGCCUACAACCCGGAAUACACGACCUCUGAUCCUUGGUGGUAUCAUACCUCAGAGUACACAACCUAUCAGCCCUGGUGGAUGACAACCUCAGGCUACACUGUGUACGAUGCGAUUCGUGUGAGCUGUAACGAGCAGGGCUGGGACAUCCAGGUGGACAUGAAUCGCCUACGGUUGGCUGCCCCCGGUGCCCUCGCCUCCGACAUUUACCUGGGAGAGAACUCGUGCACAGGCACAGAGGAAUGGGGCAUCCUGCACUUCCGCCAGGGACUCCGUCAAUGCCUUACUUCGGAGACGCAACGUUACAACGCGUUGGUUUACACCAACGAGCUAGUGUACGCCGAGCACGACCCCGUCUACAGUUUCAUCAUCCGCAAUUACAACUGGACGGUUGGGGUGGAGUGUGACGUCCAAAGAAACGAGACUUCUUCGGGGCACAUCCAUCACGACAACAACCAACAUACGGUGGUUCCGGUCACGGGCGCAAGUCACUACGGCGUCAACAUGACAUUCUAUCGCGACGCCAACUUCCGGAUGCCGCUCCCCGGAAAUCCGCUGCACGUGCCUGUCGGCACGGACGUGUAUGUAAAGGUGUUCACCACGACGAGCGACUGGACCGUGAAGAUGCGCGUGCACUCCUGCUUCACGCGCCCCGCCAACAGCGCCUCAAACAACCUUGAGUACUUCCUCAUUAAAAAUGGGUGUGAGAUGGAUUCAAAUACUCAUCUUAUCUCGCAGUCAGCACACGAGACUCGCUUCGUCUUCAAAGACUUUGAGUACACGAGCAGCCACGAGGGUAUUGACGUUGAGUGUGACACCACGUUCUGCAGUUCCCAUGACUACUCCCGCCAAUGCACACAAACAUGUAACCCAGUGAUAAGGCGGUCGGGGCACGUGCAUAUUCAAAAUGCAACAACAGAUAGUGACUAUGACGUCACAACUGAUGGUCAUGUCAGCAUUGUAAAUGAUGUCACUGUCGAUAGUCACGUCAGUCCUGUCAAUGAUAUCACAACAGAUAGUCACGUCAGCCUUGUGAAUGACGUUACAAAUGAGAUUAGCGUUAAGCUAGUGAGUGAUGUCAUAGCUGAUACUGGUGAAAGUCAUGUCAGCUUUAUGAAUGACGUCACAACAGAUAGCCAUGUUAGCCCCAUUGCGGAUGUCCUGAUGACCACUUCCGUUGAGUCGUCUGAUGAAAAUUAACCAGCAGUUGUUGUUGUUUUUUCCAGUGAUUGCUAUAAAUGCUAUUUCGAAUAGUACUAUAGUCGAGAUAUUGCAAUUGUUUAUAUACAAACAAACAUGAAUAAUAUAUCCGAUAAGUUAAAUUUGUUACUAGAUUUUUGUUCAUAAAUCAGCAGAGAGUUUGUAGGACGUACAUACAAAUCAUACAUGUUGCAGGUUUUCUGUACACGAACCUAAAAUAAAAAUUCAUGAGUUAAUGUUACCUUUCGAAUUCAAUAAUUGGUCUGCAAAUAUUCACUUUUCAAAGUUACUUAGUACUACUAAUGCUUUACGUUCAUGCAGCCAUACAAGAAAGAUUAUGAAAAAGCAGCGAAUAUUUUGUUUUAUCCUUUGGGUAUUAAACAAACGGCAUAAACUGUAUCUUUAUAACAGUAUUAAACAUAUUUUUAAUAUUGAAAAAUGCAGCACUAUAUGGAGAAAU